AUGGAGGAAACCUCGGCGACGGAGCCAACGCCCGUCGUCACGCUGCGCAAGUCCUUGACCUUGCCCGCGUAUGACUUGGCUCUGUGUCGAGACGACGCCACGACUAUCAGCGACAGUGACACCAAUAGCGCGUGCGUGGCCUCUGUCGCCGAGGAGGACGUAAAGGAGAAUGUUGUGCCGCUUGACUUGGUCUCGGAGCUUAGUUUACGUGACACUAAUGGGGAGAAUGCGUCUUCCGCUCCCAGCGCCUCGACGCUAGUAGAGGCUACUAUAUCGCCAUCCCCGACGUCGUCUACUACGUCCUCCGCUCGUGUAGUCAAUGACGCAUUAAGCGUUACAGUAGAGCAACAGGAAUCCGCGUCAGGUGAGGACACUGUGCCCCAGCAACUGCCUCCAAAAGCUGGCAGCUCUCGCACUAUCCCGACGUUAGAAAGGUCCCAUACUUCCAAUGAAUUAAUAGGUCUUCGAUCAAGAGAAAGACAACCUGUUGAGUCUGCUUACUCAAGUCCGUCGUCCGGUUCUGCACCUUCAUUUGAGAUUGAGAGUGUGAUACUGCCCACCGAUGGCGUCACCGAAGCUGAGAUUGACAAGACGACGCAUACUGUGUUUUCAGUCGAAGUGAAAUUGCAAGGAGGACUGCAAUGGCUUUUAUGCAAGCGAUACUCGGAUUUUCGAGAGCUUCAUGAGAGACUCAAGAGGACCAACUCUUCUGUAAAGCAACUAUACUUUCCAAAACGUCAUGUGUUUCGUAACCGCCAUCAAAGUGUUGUGGAGCAGCGGCGAAGCGAACUGGAAAAGUAUAUUAAUGAAGUACUGGACAUUCGGCCCCUUAUCCGGGUGCCGUUGUUUAAUUUUUUGGAAGUAUAUGCACACAUGGAGUCGUACGAACGCAAGUUGCAACGACACAAGAAAGAACUUGAAUCAGAGAGAAUGAAGAAUAUGCUACCACCUGAAACGCUUGAGGAUUUUUCGACGGCUUUUAAGCGGCUUUGCUCCUCCAAAUAUUUAUAUCAUGGAAUGCGGCGCCAAAUUCGUCAGGACCCCCCGAGUGGACGACUGCCAACUUCGCCGGUCAAGGAUGUCACGACGACGACAUCAGCUAUCGCUGGAGAGUCUGCAAAAGGAAUCACUACAGAUGAAAGCGGAAACCGCUAUAGUGUUAUUAUGCAUACGGCAGGAUCGCAGAUUUGUAUUAGCCGCGCUUCAUUUCGGAGAGACAUUCUUGGUGUUUUUCCUGAUAUGCCAUCAAGCUUUGCGAUGCGUUUUAUGAAAGCUGUAUCGGACCGUCAAGGCUCUGAUAUUAAUAUGGACGAAUUCCUCCGUGCUGUAGCAAUCUUGCGCUGUGGUACCUUGGAAGAUCAGCUUUACUUUGUCUUUAACAUGUGCGAUCUUGACCACGCAGGCAAAGUACAAAGUUCGGGGCUUAGUAAUUUUCUGGUAUCACUACAGGGGCGACAUGUGCUCGAUCAACCGGAGUUUCGUCGUCUAUUAAGCGAAGGUUUCGAUCAGGGCCGUGUGCGCAUGAGCUGUGAUGAUUUUAUUAAGACUGUGUUAAAAAUUAAAGCACACCACACUCUUGUAGAUUGGAUGGCGCCUUUUGCCGAUAUCCUAUGCGAGACGGCCGAUCCGCAGCUGCUGGAAUCUCAGGAGGAAUUCAAUCCAGCAGUACAGCAAAAAAUACUUGCCAAUGAGACGCACUUUAACGCCAAGGAGGUAGCCGUUCUCCAGGAUGCUUUCAAUAAUUACCGUGCCUCUGGAGGCGGCGAUGCGGUGGAUGUGGAUGCACUAACCAGUGAUUUUCCUCUUGAGAUGUCUGACGAGCGGUUUUGUCGCGUUUUUUCUUGCUUUGGCUCGCGCGCGAACGGUGCCGAUAUUGAUGUGUUCAGCUUUGUGAGUGCAUUGUCGACUGCUUGCCGAGGUAGCAUUGAGGAAAAGGCUGAAUUCGCGUUCAAGCUAUUUGCUAGCGUUGCUGAUGGUUCGUAUAUGACCCGUGAGGAUAUUUAUGGUAUGCUUCGACUGGACAUAACGCAGAAUCAAGACCUAGAGAGCCAGAUCACAACUCUAAUUGAAAAGAAGCACCCAUUGCUGAAUGCUACGAAGAGUUCGUCAUCAUCAUCAUUGAUCGAGAGUAUGGGCCCGAGAACUCCGUCAGUGUCAGGGUCUGAACUGGGUAUUUUUGUGAACGGCAUUAUGAAGAGCUUUGGACACAGAAGAAGCAUUUUGGAUGCGGGUUCAUCGUCGACGAAGGCUGAGACCCUAACAUUAACAUUAGGUGAGUUCACAGCAUGGGCGAUUAAGCAAAAAUAUGAGAUGGCGACGUUGCGAAUAAUGCGCGAGGUAGCGUUCAUUGAUCUUGGUUUGGUUCCGGCCACUAAGGAGGAGGAACUGCUGAUUGCGACAGGGUGCUAUACCCCGUACGACCCCACCACACUGGUGGAGGAUGACCGGUGGUACCUGAUUGAGCGAAAAUGGUAUAUACAUUGGUGCAGGUACAUUAAGAUUCAUGUGAAGGAGUCUUUACUGCUCUCGUCUCCUGUUACGAGCUCUACUAUUGCCGCAACUUCUACUCCUAGUACGUCGAAGGUACAGGUUAGUGGUAGUAAUACUGGCAACAGAGACAACUACAUGAAAAACCUGAAGGGAGAGAUUACCCGCCCGAAGUGCAUUAACAAUUACCCUCUCCUCACGAGCGAUCGUCGCGACCGGGUACUCAAGCCGCCUGAUGAUAUUAAGCUAGGCCGUCACUACGUCAUUAUCUGCGAGCAACUGUGGAUGGCACUAAAAUUAUGGUACGGUGGCGGUCCAGAGAUUCAGCGACAGGUGGCAGUUGCGGCGAAUGGUGACCCAGUGCUGGAUAUUUGGGAGGCUGACACGAAGAAAAAAAAGUCUAUAAAGAAGCUAAAGGGGAAAGAGCAAGAUGACGAAGAGGAGGUGCCUGAUGUUGUAGAAGACGACUUGUCUUCAGUACCAUCUGAAGAGGAAACUCGUUGGAAGCAGGAGUUUGCUCUACCUCGCCGAAUGCGUUCGGGUGGUUCGGUUGGGCUCGCAAAUCUCGGCAACACAUGUUACAUGAAUUCAGCUCUACAGUGCCUUACGAACACGAAGUUGUUGGCUGAAUACUUCGUGUCAGGCAUGUACUUGGAGGAUAUUAACCGUACCAGUACGCUAGGACUGCAAGGGAAGCUAGCGGAAGUGUACGGCAAGCUUGCUGAAGACAUGUGGUGUGUGAAACAGAAAUCAAUUUCUCCGAGAAACUUUAAGAAGUCCAUCGGCAAAUUCAACGAGGCGUUUCGUGGCAAUGAUCAGCAAGACGCACAGGAACUACUCGCAUUUCUGCUGAGCGGACUAAGUGAGGACUUAAACCGUAUUCAAGACAAGCCUUUUAUUGAGCAGCCGGAUAGCGACGGUCGCUAUGAUGCAGAUCUUGCCGAUGAAUGGUGGCGGAAUCAUCUCCGGCGCGAAGUAUCGAUCAUUGUUGCUUUGUUUACAGGACAGUACAAAUCACUGCUCACAUGUAGUGUAUGUGGCUUUAAAUCAGCACGCUUUGAGCCUUUCACUUUCUUGCAAAUCCCGCUGCCCGAACCCAAACAUAACACGGUAACGGUGCUGCUGAUGCUUGCCAAUGGGAUUACUCCAAUGAAGGUGUCAGUACGCUUAAGCGUUUCAGCGACCAUCUUUGACCUGAAGCAUGAGCUAAUGAAAAUGUGCCACGAUGAGUUUAAUCUGCCCGACGUAUCCGAGAGUGAUAUUAAAUUGUGUGAGUUUAAUGGAUCGAUGAUAUCAAGCUUUAAGGCCGAUAAUCGCCGCGUGGGUCAAAUCCGCAGUAUUGAUCGGCUUAUCGCAUUCCAAUUGGAACCGCUUGAUGCGGAAAUAAUUCAGGCUACGCGGCAUCGUCGUCCAUCAUACGUUCAAGGAAUAGGAGCAAGUGGAUUACGCCAAGAUGAAGCUGACCACUCGUCCUUCUAUGAGAAGCUGGACAAGGGAACGUUAGUUGAUGUGCGCAUGCGAACGCAAUCCUACGAGUACAUUCCGGCAGUCGUCGUGGAACCACCCUCACCAAACGCUGAGUACGAUGAUCAACCGCUUGUGCUCGUCCGCCUUCGUCGUACACAGGAUGAGCUCAGGGUUCCUAUCAACAGAUUGCGGUCUCGCCAAGCACGAUUGCUGUACAUCCCUUUGCUUUCGCGUAAGCUGAGCUACUCGGCUGUGUAUUUUAAGAACCCAUUCAGGCCUGUUCCCUUCGGUUCACCAAAUCUUGUACGGCUCUGUCCUGAGCUUACUAGUGGUCUCCAUCUGUAUCAAUUGGUGUGGGAACGUGUGAAGCAAUAUGUAGGCUCAAAUGCAACUCCUCCGACCGAAUGGGUUGGCGAAGACGCGCAAAACGCCGACCGCCUGGUUGCUAAUCAUAUUGAUAGCGUUUUUGCAGGUCUCGACAGCGCAUCUGUAUGCUUCAGCUCAAAGUGUGGAUUUCUGCUGCGCCGUGUUGAAAAUAAGGGACUAACAGAUUCGCGAUCAUCAUGGCUGACACGGAGCUUUGGUUUCACGAUCCCAUGCACGUCAGACCCUCUUGAUGUUUUGGAGGAAGAAGCCAUUGCGAUUGAUUGGGAUUUAAGUGUUUUUCAGGACCGCGAGAUGAUUGAUAAAAUGAAGCAAAUUGAGAACCAUGACAGCGUUGCACGGAAUGAGGCAAUUGAUAAGGGUCCUGUUCCACUGAAACAUUGCUUGGAUGCAUUUACAAGUGAAGAGAAGAUUAGCGAAGGCUACUGCUCCAGCUGCAGAAAACACCAGGAAAUGACAAAGAAGCUUGAGAUCUGGCGUCUGCCACCAGUCAUGGUGGUGCAUCUGAAGCGCUUUCAGUACACACAGACCUAUCGCCGGAAGUUAGCAUCGCUUGUGGAGUUCCCUAUCCAUAAAUUGGAUCUUUCGACUUGUGUGGCUCCGCAUAUUGAAAUUCCGGAGAAAUAUCCAAUGAAAAGACUUAGAGGCAAAUUGAGUGGAGUAUCGGCCCCUGCACGAAAACUGAUGAAGCUCAGAUCUCGUGGUGGGAGUAACAUUAGCAAUGGACUUACCCCGUCUGUUUCUCAGAUAUCUGCAGCUAAUGACACGACAACUGACGCUGCUGAUUCUGGUAGCAAUAAGGCUGGCGAUUUGCCAGCAGAAAAAACGGAAGAAAGUGGAGCAGGAAGGAAAUCUGGUGACAGCGAGCUACCAGUAGAACCGGCGGAAGGUGCGGCUGUUGAUAGAGCAGGUAUUAACGCAUCUACCGACAUGACGUUAACUACUGAUAGCCAGCGUGGGGCUGCAGUCCAAGCAGCAGCGGUACGCAAUCGUGUGCGUCGUGGAUACACAAACUCAAACUUAGAUCAGUCACGCUGUCUCGAAACCAAGUAUAAUCUGUACGGCGUCGUGAACCACCAGGGCGCUCUCGGUGGGGGCCACUAUACGGCGUACGCGAAGAACUUUGUCGAUGACCAGUGGUAUUAUUACGAUGACGAGCGUGUUCGUGUUGUUGAGGAACAGCAGGUGGUCAGCCCGUCAGCCUAUUUGCUUUUUUAUCUCCGUUCUGACAUGGAAGGCGUGUUUGCAAAGGACUUGUUUCCGAAAAAUAUGAAGCCAGGCAAGAUCACGGAUGAAGACAUCGAACGAUUUGUCGAGGAGGGUGAUGAGCGUCGUUGCAGCAUUAUGUAA